AUGGCCGCCAGAAGCUCCAUCUCCAAGAGCGACGUCGAGGUCGGCGACCACAAACCGGCUCACCUCGAGAACACCACCGAAAUCACAGAGAUUGGUGGCUUCCGCGUUUUCGGCCUAGACCCUGAAGAUGCCGAAUUCUACAACAACUACACUGAGGAGCAGCGCAAAAAGGUCUUCCGCAAGGUUGAUGUCCGACUUGUGCCUAUGCUUGCGCUGCUUUACCUGAUUUGCCACAUCGAUCGAGCCAACAUUGGUAAUGCAAAGAUCGAAGGCAUGGUUGAUGAUUUGAAGAUGACGGGUGUUCAAUACAAUACCAUUUUGUCUAUCUUCUUCGUCCCCUACGUCCUCCUCGAAGUCCCCAGCAACAUCCUCCUCAAGAAGUUCAAGCGCCCUUCUGUAUACCUGGGAACACUCACCCUCUGCUGGGGUCUCGUCAUGACUUGCACUGGACUUGUACAGAACUUCGGUAGUCUCAUGGCUACUCGAGUCCUUCUUGGUAUUUUCGAGGCCGGCUUUUUCCCUGGUGCGAUCUACCUGUGCAGUUACUGGUACAUGCCAAAAGACCUAUCGGUGCGAAUCUCAUACUUCUACUGCGCCAGUGCUCUGUCAGGCGCUUUCUCCGGCCUUCUCGCAGCUGGUAUCGCUCAGAUGGACGGUGUCGGUGGUCUUGAAGGCUGGAGAUGGAUUUUCAUCCUCGAGGGUAUUGCUACAGUCGUUCUUGGUGUUGCCUGCUUCUUCUUCCUGAUCGACACCCCCGCCCUCUCAACCAGAUGGCUCAACGCCGAGGAGAUCAAAUUCCUCGAGCUAUCAAUGUUUAUUAAGCAAGGUGGAGGUUUCCAGGAAGAGACAAGUGUCCGAUGGAAAGACAUCAGAAUGGUGCUCACCAACUGGAGAGUCUAUGUCCAGGCUUACUUCCUCCUAUGCCAGUCUGCUCUUUCUUACGGAACCAAAUUCACGCUGCCAACCUUGACGAAGGCUAUGGGCUUUUCUACGACGAAUGCCCAGCUUGUCUCUGCUCCUCCAUACGUUGCCGCUGCUAUCUCAGCCAUCGUUUUCGCCAAGAUCUCAGAUCGCUUCUUCUGGAGAAUGCCUUUCGUGGCCAUCCCCAUGAUCAUUGUCACAGUUGCAUACUCUGUCAUCAUAUCACUCAAUGGUGAGCUCGAGGCCAAGAAGGGAGUGGCCUACUUCGCCAUUGUGCUCGCUGUCAUAGGUAUCUACCCGAUCCAAGCUGCCGCCGCCUCAUGGAACGCCAACAACAUCGCGCCCUCUUCUCGACGAGCUAUCGGUAUUGCGCUGAUGAACUGUGUCGGAAACGUCGGUGGCAUUGUCGGUAGUUUCAUGUAUCUUGAGAAGGAGAAGCCCAAGUACCACACUGGAUUCGGUCUCAGUUUGGCCUUCGGUGGCACCGGUCUCUUGGUUGCGUUGCUCCUGGAAUGGAGCUACAAGAUGGCCAAUGCUAAGAAGGCUAAGAUUGCGGAGGAGGCCAAGACGAAGUACACCGAGGAGGAACUCUUUGAUAUGGGAGACAGGUCACCAUUGUUCAAACAUGUUCUUUGA